AUGCUUCUCUCGCGCCUCGUAACGACUGCAAAACUAUUUUCCACUUCUGCCGUUGCGAGCUUUCCCAAACUCAAAACACACAGCGGUACGAAAAAACGGUGGAGGGCUCUCAGCAAUGGCAAGUUCAAACGCGCACACGCAGCACACGCACAUCUGAACGUCACCAAGAGACCUGGGCGCAAGAACACACUCUGCCAGACGGCAUAUUCCAGCGGAGCGCAGACACCAACCUUGAAAAAACUCAUGCCUUACGCGUAG